AUGGACGCGCCGGCCGCCUGCGAGAUCGAGCGCCUGCCGGAGGACCUCCUGGUGCACGUGAUCUCGCUCACCUCGCCGGCGGACGCCUUCCGCGCCACCGCUGUGUCCAGGGCCUUCCACGCCGCCGCCGACUCAGACACGGUCUGGUCCCGCCUCCUGCCGCGCGACCUCCCGCAGUUCGCCAGGAGAGAGAUCCCCCGCAAGCCGCCGUCGACCAAGAAGGGGAUGUUCCGGCGCCUCUCCGGCGAACCAGCCCUCCUCCCGGCCAAGUACGUGGUACGUGCUUGCGUUACUCCUCGAAUGCAACCCUUCACACAUCGAUUAGUUUGUCGCCUGGCUUAAGUAUCGCCCUGUGUUCCUACGUGCUGUACGUUGCAGCGCAUGCAGCUGGACAAGGCCACCGGCGCCAAGUGCUUCACGCUGUCG